AUGGCUGCUUUAAGAUCAAGGCCAUGGAAUUACCACCAAACUUUGUGUUCAUGUCACUGCAAACCCAGAAUUUUCAAUUACAAUUUGAAGGGAAUGGGAAAAAGAAAGAGAAGGUUAAUGGAGGCCAAAGGGUUUGGGUGGGAGGGCCAUGACUUGGGGGCAUAUGUUAUUUCUGAGGAAGAUAAUAGAUUUGUGGAGGCCCUGAGGGAAGUUCAGCCUUACGUUUUCUUAAACAGAGGCAGAACAUUUGUUGUGGCCAUAGACGGGGAGAUUGUUGAUAUCCCUAUUUACUUCGAUGCCCGACUGCAGGGUAUCCUCCGAAGGAUGCUUACCGUCCACCAGGGUUACCCUCAGCAGGGGAACCCUGUACCCUUCACAGGGUUACCCUCAGGCUCAGCAGGGGUACCCGACUCCACAGGGUUACCCACGGCCCCCUCCUUCCUAAGCAAGAAAGUUACGGUUGCCUUGAUGGAUUUUUUGACGGACUUUGGUGUUGGGUGA